AUGACCUUUUGCAAAAGUCGUCCAAAAAUUGCAAUUUUGAGCCUCACUUGGAGCGACAAAACUGGUCUUAUGUUGUGUGCUUCAGGGGUGAACCCUCUCGAGACAGUUAAGGACAGUAGGAAAAUGGGGUCCCAUCUGUUGAGACGAAGAAUGCGACCGUAUGUUGUCUCUGACGAAUCGAGCGGUUCAAUGUCGUGGUCUACAGCGUACACCCCGAUGGAGAAAGGCAAUGAGGCACUGAUGUUCCUAAGGACAGCGCGUCUUUGUCACGGCGUAGAGGUGCAGCCAAGUCAGCAACACAUAGCAAAGUUCCGAAAAUUGUAUGAGCAGUUACUAUAA